GUCACAUCGCGCCUGGCGGAAGAUAUCGUUCGCUUCAAAAAAGUGUAAAUAAAAGAACUAAAGUUUUUAGUAGUAUUGGUGGAUGAAUCUGUCAGAAUUUGAUUAAAUAGCAACUACGUAUAUCUGAUAGAUAUAAACAUACAAUGACACCAGCUAUAAACGAGCGGAUGGCCCCACAGAACAUCGAAAGUUUCAUUAAUGACUGUCUUCGCGAGGAUUUGAAAGUUUACGAGCAACAGCUGAAUCGACUAAACAGUGAAAUUAUGGAAUAUGUUCAGCUAAAAAAUAUGAUUGAAAAUCUGCCAAAUGAGGAAGACACACUGAAAACCCAGGUAAACAUCGGCGGAAACUUUUUCAUGAAAGCAAAGGCAACCUGUCUCGAUCGAAUUCUGGUUGACGUUGGCUUGAGGUGUUAUGUGGAAUUUAGUCUGGAAGAAGCAUUAAAAUUUGUUGAUAUGAAAGUGAACAUUUUGUCAAAGCAUGCAGAUGCGAUUCGAGAUAAAAGUGUUGAAAUCAAAGCAAAUAUUAAGUUAGCUCUGUUAGUAAUUGGCGAUACAAAUAAACUUCAUUAAAACUGCAAA